CACUAACAACACCACUCUUUCCAAAUCCCCGAUACCAGGCAGUCAGUGCGAGGAGUCAAAGAUGGCGGCAUUUGGCGGACAAACACCUACCAUCAUCGUUCUCAAAGAAGGCACCGACCAGUCCCAAGGCAAGGGCCAGAUAAUCUCAAACAUCAACGCCUGCCUCGCGGUACAGAGCACGGUGAAGUCCACCCUGGGCCCCUAUGGCGGCGAUCUACUCCUCGUCGACGGCAACGGCCGGCAGACCAUCACCAACGACGGGGCCACGGUCAUGAAACUGCUCGACAUAGUCCACCCGGCGGCACGGAUACUGACCGACAUCGCGCGGUCGCAGGAUGCAGAGGUCGGCGACGGCACGACCUCGGUGGUCGUGCUGGCCGGUGAGAUCCUCAAGGAAGUCAAAGAGCUCGUGGAGCAGGGCGUGAGCACACAGACCAUCAUCAAAGGUCUGAGGAGGGCGAGCGUCAUGGCCAUCAACAAGGUCAAAGAGAUCGCCGUGGGCACGACAGAGGGCAACAAGAGGGAGACGCUGCGCAAAUUGGCGGCCACAGCCAUGAGCAGUAAGCUCAUCCAUCGGAAUGCUGACUUCUUCACCAAGAUGGUCGUCGAUGCCGUCUUGUCCUUAGACCAAGAAGACCUCAACGAGAAACUCAUCGGCAUUAAGAAGAUCACCGGUGGUGCGCUGGAAGAUUCCCUGUUUGUGGACGGUGUGGCGUUCAAAAAGACAUUUUCCUAUGCCGGUUUCGAGCAACAGCCGAAAUCCUUUACGAGCCCCAAAAUCGUGUGCCUUAACGUCGAACUCGAACUGAAGGCCGAAAAGGACAAUGCAGAAGUCAGGGUGGACCAGGUCUCCGAGUACCAAGCAAUCGUCGACGCAGAAUGGCAGAUCAUCUAUAACAAGAUGGAGGCGCUAUACAAGACCGGUGCAAAGGUCGUGCUGAGUCGAUUGCCCAUCGGCGAUCUUGCGACUCAAUACUUUGCAGACAGGGAUAUCUUCUGCGCUGGGCGAGUCGCGGCAGACGAUCUCGAGCGAGUGUGUCAGGCUACUGGCGCCACGGUGCAGAGCACCUGUAGCGACAUUCUCCCAUCACACUUGGGUACCUGUGGCAAGUUCGAGGAGCGACAGAUCGGCGGCGAACGUUACAACCUGUUUAGCGAGUGCCCAGAGGCAAAGACCUGCACGCUUGUUCUACGGGGUGGAGCCGAGCAGUUUAUCGCUGAAGUGGAACGAAGUCUUCACGACGCAAUCAUGAUCGUCAAGCGUGCUAUCAAAAACCACACCAUCGUUGCUGGUGGCGGCGCUACAGAGAUGGAAGUUUCGGGUUAUCUGCACAGAUUCGCAGACAAAAACGUCCCGCACAAGCAACAAGCCGUCGUCAAGGCUUUCGCAAAGGCCCUCGAGAUCAUCCCACGACAACUCUGCGACAAUGCCGGCUUUGAUGCCACAGAUAUUCUUAACAGAUUACGUGUCGAGCACCGCAAGGGAAACACCUGGGCUGGUGUCGACUUCGACCACGAAGGUGUGCGGAACAAUAUGGACGCCUUCGUCUGGGAACCGGCUCUGGUCAAGGUCAACGCACUCAGUGCAGCGGUCGAGGCUGCUUGCCUGAUAUUAAGUGUUGACGAAACCAUUAAGAACGAGGAAAGCCAGCAGCCCCAAGCGCCUGCACGAGGGUUACCUCCUGGAGCAGCGCAGAGAGCCCUCAGGGGCAGAGGAAGAGGUAUGCCGAGACGGUGAGCGAGAUGGCAGAUGUUGAACGAGAAGAAAACAAUGAGCUCCUGGGUUCUUCCCGCCCAUGUAGAUUACGUCCAAAACAAAAAGUGGUCAUAUUGGCUUCUUGCUUCGAUUAGCGAGCAUCUGCAGCCCCUGUCGACAAAGGGCCCAUGGCGCACAGGAUGAUAUGACAUGAGACCAAUGAUACCAGAAUGUCUGUUGGCACCUUGAUUGAUAGAAUUCGGAUUAAAUGUGAACAUUGGUGCAACUUGGAGCGUAAGACGCUGGGAAUGAAUGGACGAUGCCAGGUCGCGCAGCGAACCAUAUGUGGUGGGAACCUUUUUGCAUAUCUAGACUCAUCACAUGCCUCUCGGUAUGGUUGGAAUGUGUUCAGCUCAGGUCAAUAGGCUGCCUCUCUUCUAGACCCAAGAGUUAGGCAAGCAGAUCGACAUCUUCUCAAGAUGGCUCUAACGAGAGGUCGAAAUAGACCGACAACUAAAAACAG